AUGUAUAUUGGUGCUCCGGCCAAGGGUGUGAGGGUGGUACUGGCCGAAGGUGUGGGGGUGGUACUGGCUGACCACUGCUCGUACAUGUACAUUGGUGCUGGCCAGAGGCGUGGGGCUGGUACUGGCCGACCUCUGCUUGUACAUGUACAUUGGUGCUGGCCAGAGGUGUGGGGGUGGUACUGGCUGACCACUGCACUGCUCGUACAUGUACAUUGGUGCUGGCCAGAGGUGUGGGGCUGGUACUGGCCGACCACUGCUCGUACAUGUACAUUGGUGCUGGCCAGAGGUGUGGGGCUGGUACUGGCCGACCACUGCUCGUACAUGUACAUUGGUGCUGGCCAGAGGUGUGGGGCUGGUACUGGCCGACCACCCAAUCUUUCCAUGACUUGCACUUCUAAGAUACUCAAGUCCAGCAGGAUAUUUGACUUAUGCAAGUUGAUCAGUCAUCAUGGUCAAGAACCCAAGUAUCUAAAACAACUCAAGAAUGAUAAGGAAAGUGUAGGUUUCCUGAUGGUAUUGAUGAGAGGGCCGGCCGGUGCAUGUCCAGGCCAUGUACAGGAAAGCAGGCCGACACCUCAGGCAUUCAUAAUAACGCCGGCCGAAAUGCAGGCCGACACCUCAGGCAUUGAUAACAGAGUCGGCCGGAUCAGGACCAUGUUGUGUACAAGCAGGCAGGCCGACACUUCAGACAUUGAUAACAGAGUCGGCCGGAUCAGGACCAAGGGGCGUACAAGCAGGCAGGCCGAUACCUCAGACAUUGAUAACAGAGCUGGCCGGAUCAGGACCAAGAAAGAUGUUGGUUUUAGUACUAUCACUUGA